CUGUCUGUUUACCGAGCGAGACUCAUUUCCGUUCCAGCGCUCCCUCGUCUCUUGCAGUUUUAACCGGCGAGGAGAGGAAAAUAUGGCCCAAAGCAUCAUGUGAUGUGGAGCACAACAUAUGUGUGCAUGUGUGUGGCAGCAGCAGCAGCAGUGUUGGCGAGGGCAUAACGGAACUUGCCUGCCUGUUGUGCAGUGGUUUGGUUCCAACUGCCGCUAGGAAAAAUGGAGGACACCCUCGGCCCAUUCACCUUCAGCUCCAAGUUUGAGUGUGGCAACUUGGCUCGAGUGGAGAGAGUUGACCCUCCAGGUUCCAGUCAUGCAUCGUCAAGCAUCAGUGGUGGCAGAAAGGCUCACAAAGUGUCUCCUCCUUGUCAGCCUUCCAUCGAGGCCCUGCCCGUCAACUAUGAGUUCAAUCUCUGGACUCGCCCCGACUGCUGGGGCACAGAGUUCGAAAACAAUAAUAGAACUUGGUUUUUCUUUGGCAUCAAAGGGGGAGCUGUCGGAAACAGAGUUCGCCUGAAUGUUAUGAAUCUGAACAAGCAGUCAAAGCUCUUCUCACAGGGGAUGCAACCUGUGGUUCAAUGUGUCUCAGGCUUGCGUUCACCACGUUGGGAACGCAUUAAGGAUAAAUGCACAUAUCGGAGUGAGGAGAACAGUACAGUGGUAUCUUGGGUUCAUACUGUGAGUGAAGUGGGAGUAUUCACCCACUAUGCCUUCACAUACCCAUUCACUUACUCAGAGCUACAAAACAUGCUAGAAAGUCUUGACCAUAAAUUCUCAGUGAGUUCUCCAAGUCUUUACUACCAUCGAGAAUUACUCAUAAAAUCGCUUGAUGGCUGGCGUGUUGACCUUGUGACUGUCAGCUCGCACAAUGGUAAGGUAGAAGAGCGUGAGGCAAGGCUUCCAGGUCUCUUCCCCAAUGUUAAUGAGCCUCGUCCCCACCGCUUUCCUAGCAAGAAAGUUGUCUUUGUUUCUGCCAGAGUACACCCUGGUGAGACAUCCUCCAGUUUUGUGUUAAAUGGCUUCCUGAAUUUCAUUGUCUCAAAUGACCCUAGGGCUGUGAAGCUCAGGGACAUGUUCGUCUUCAAGCUCAUCCCAAUUCUCAACCCAGAUGGUGUAGUACGUGGCCAUUAUCGCACUGACCAGCGUGGGGUAAAUCUGAAUCGCGUGUAUGUGGAUCCAUCACCACACUUACAUCCAACCAUUUAUGCUACCAGGCAAGUCAUCCUGUACCACCAUCAUGGCCACAUCCUUCCGAACUCAUUCCAGGAUUCCAAAGCUACUCCAGCAAACUCAGAUGAUUUAAGUGAAACAGCUCCCACCACAAGCACCACAUCUUCUAAUGAUGACUCAGAAUUGGCUGUCACCAAUUCUUCAAAGGGGCCACCAGUUGUUAUGGAUGAAGACACCUGCCACAGCUUCAGUGAUGUUCAGUGUGGGAAGGCUGGAGGCUCAGGGAGUGGACGGAUGAGAGGAACUGCUUUAAUGGAGAUGGAUGAGCCAUCAGCAUCAGGCUGGGACAUUUCCAGCAAUGUCUCAGUUGAUGGCACACAAGCUUCUAGUUCGUUCCAAAGAGCCUCACACAUGGCUGAUGUCCAUGAUGACUGCUCAAAUGUUUCUUGCAUCAGUGAAGCUGAAACAGGUGUCACUAGCAUGUUUGGAUCACUAGCAGCUGUUAGCGAUUUUACAAACAUUAUAUCAGGAAAUAAGGGAUGUAAUCAGGAUAGUGCCAUUCGUUCACCCUGUAUUUCACAAACUAAGAGUGAGGGGGAGGGAGUGAGCACCUCAAGUUGUGAAAAAUCCCGGGACCUAUUUUUAAAGGACCUCUACAAAGAAGAGAAAGACAAAGCUUUUGAUGACUGCCACUGUGAUGAAAAAAUUUUGAAAAAUACAGCACCAAAUAGUGAUAAAGAUCUUAGUAGUUUUAGUUGCAUUAAUCCCAGUAGACUAAUCUCAAAGGACGAUAAUCUCCUGCCUAGUUGUUCCAAUGCAUUAUCAUUCACCUCAGCAUCUUCAGAGGUGUCUAGUCAGCAGCAGUUCAAGGCAGAAGCUUUAGGUAGUGGCGUUAGUUCUAGUACCUCCUUACAAAGCACAAAGGCAAACAGAGGGUCACACAAAGAAAGCAAAGAUGGGAAUUUGCUGCAUCCUAUCCCACCACAAAAGAGUAGUGUCCUGCCUCUCACUCCUGGAGUACAAAAUAUUGCUGGAACAAAGGAGGGAGGGGGGAUAGCUAGCAGUAGUGAGAGCGAGGCAGAGUGUGGACGGCCUGGGAGGGAGAUGGAUACAAAUCUAGGAACAUUAGAUACCUCUCUUCGCAUUCCUUCUGAGGGCUUCUCACAGGUACUGAGUCCUCCCACACCCAUUCCUGAGGAGACCCAGGUGUCCUCGGGGCUCUUCCUUUACAUAGAUCUCCACGGGCAUGCAUCUAAAAGGGGCAUUUUCAUCUAUGGCAACUGGUAUGAGGACCCUGCAGUCAUGGUAGAAAACAUGCUGUUUCCCAAGUUGCUUGGGGCCAAUUGCCCCAACUUUGAUUUUGCUGCUUGUAACUUCUCAGAGAGGAACAUGUAUCUCAAGGACCGGAGGGAUGGUAUGAGCAAGGAAGGAUCAGGUCGUGUAGCCAUAAUGCGAGCAACCGGGCUUCUGAGAUCAUAUACAUUGGAAUGUAACUACAAUACAGGUCGUACAUACAAUCCUGUUCCGCCAUCUCCCCUAGACCAGAGGAAGUCACCUCAGACUCCACUCUCCUCGCCACCAAAGUACACUCCUGCAAUCUUUGAAGAUUGUGGUCGUCAGUUAGGGGUGAGUUUGCUGGACUUAGUAUGUAGUGGAAGUGGAUGGUCAAGGCUUCCUCAAUCCCAGUAUGGGAGCAUAGCAGGUGUCCGUGCAUGGCUCCACCAUUUUCUUGCUUCUUCAUCUCUCUCGCCUCGCACAAACACCACUGGAACCCAUGCUGCCCGCACACCUGCAUCACGUUCAACAAACAAGUUGACAGUGGAGAGGCUAAGUGGAGGAAGGAGUGGAGGCAGUGGUGCUCGUAUUGGGGCUGGUAGACAAGGCCCCCCAAGCACUCCAGCUUCUCCACGACUACCACGAAGUCGUUGUCAGCGUGUGCGGCGACACUCCUGGUGCCUUACAGUAGAUGCUGAAAAUCAAGAGCCAAGAGAAAUAUCAGAAGGACCUGCCCGUCCACGACCUGCAAGUGCAAAGAAACCUGUAAGUUCAAGUGGACUUUCCCCCCGGUGCAAACCUAAAGCUUCCAAGGUCAAGUCACCAUCUCCCAAGAAGGCUGGGGUUGCACGUUCUCUCACUUUCACAGAACUUGGAGAGAGCAGUCAUCUUGGAGGAGAGUCCAAGAUUCCCAGCAGCAAGAUGAGUUCCAGCAAGCAUAGUCUCACUGCAUCAGUCAGCCUCACACCCAACCUCAAUGUCAAGCUCUCCAUCUCAGACACCCCAGAAAGUCCCACUCUGGUGAAAAAGGUUGAAAAGACUCGUAGACAAAGAAGUAAAGGUCUUAAUUCAGGAACAAAAAAGUUGAAGAUCAGUCCUAGUUCAAGCCCAAGUCCUGAGGAGUCAACACUGAAAGCCAAGGACCCAACAUAUUACAGUUUUCCAAGCCUAGAGCCAGCAGAGCGCAAGUGUAGCCCUCUUUCGCCUUCUCAGGAAGGAUUUUAUGGUGCAAGUCAAAGUCCAUUGUCACCACGCUCACCUCUCUCUUCAGUGUGUGAACCUCAGACAAGCCAUAGUUCUCCUGGUCUAAGUAUAAUCACUAACACAGGUCCUUGUGACUUGCAUGUUCAGCCUAAAUCUCCUGUGGUGGUGAGUUCCUCAAAGAAGGUGACUAAAGUAAUGUCCUCCCCUAGCAAGCGCUCCAGCAAGCACACACUCAAAUCUCUUUCAAAGAGCAUGGACCGAUUGCCUGCUGUUGCUGGUGCUGCUGGAGAAAGGUUAAAGCUUCUUCCAAAGAAAGUAAAGAAGAAGGUGACAGCUGGCAGUGUUACUGACCUACCUGGAUCGAUCAUCUCUCCUUCUAUCAAGCCUGCAACAUCGCAACCUACACUGGACUGGAUAAUAAGUGAGCCACCACAGACUCUAGCCACAGAAAUCGAGCCAGUCCCUCCUAAGAUAAAGAAGCGCAAGAAGAGUAGUAGAAAAUCUCUGUGAAAGAGUGAUUAAUUUCACUCAGAAAUACAAAUAAACACACAUACAAACACAGACAUGCUCAUAUAUAUUUGUGCUCACUCACAAGUAUACACAGAAGCACUCAUGCAUGCACACCUAUCUAUUUACACAUGCUUCAAACUGCAUAUUCAAUUUAAAGGUACUUUUUUUCCAUUUCUCACUACUAUCAUGCCUUUUUUAUGCAAUAUAUUUUGUUGCUCCUCUGUAUAUUGAUUAUACAAUCAAACAUAUAAUUGAACACAGAAUAUCAUGUACAGAAAAGAUAUGUUAAUAAUUGCAUUAAUAUGUUUUUUAUACUAAUGUUAAUUUACAGUAUUUAGAAGAUGUGUUUAAAAGCAUUUAUACCCAGCCACUUAUUAGCACUGACAAAUAGCACAACUUACAUAAUUACAUACUCUGCUAAGCUCUCUUUAAUGGUCAUUUAAAAAUUAACCAGCUACCAGUUAUCCAUGAUUUAAAACUUAUAGAAUACCCCUUAAGUGACAUGUGUUGCAUUACUACAUAAACUGAUUCCUCCCAAAGAAAUGAACAGGAAGCUAUGAUUUUUUUGUAGACAGCCUUUCAUAAGUGCAUUUAUUUGUCAUUGAUCAUCUAGACCUAGUUUGAUAUGUUGCUGUAUGUACUGGCAUAGAAGCAGCCUUGCCACUCAAGAUUCAUUUGUUGUUAAAGGCAUUAGAAAGUUUUCAAGGAAUUUACAUAUAACCUAUAUAGAUUCUUCACUUUUACUAUACAGAUUUAGAGUAUUGGUUAUGAGUUACACAGAUACUUGAGAUAAGUGCUUGCUCUUCUUAACGUCUAAUGAAAUGAGAACUGUCAUCCUGUUGAUGUGUAUAGUGCAUGUGUCCACUUUGGUUUUAUUAUAUUUGUUUUAUAUUUGUUUGUUUACACACACACUCACAUAUAUACACACAUAUGUGUGUGUGUGUGUGUGUGUGUGUGUGUGUGUGUGUGUGUGUGUGUGUGUGUGUGUGUGUGUGUGUGUGUGUGUGUGUGUGUGUGUGUGUGUGUGUGUGUGUGUGUGUGUGUGUGUGUGUGUGUACAUACAUAUAUAUAGACAUAUGUAUGUAUAUGUAUACAUACACAUAUAUACACACAUAUAAGUAUAUAUAUGCAUAUGCAUAUGCAUAUACAUACAUACAUAUGUAUAUGAAUAUGUAUACAUAUAUGAAUAAGCGUGUGUGUGUGUGUGUGUGUCCGUGUGCGUGUGCAAGUGUGUGUGCGCAUGCGUGUGUGUGUGUGUGUAUAUGUAUGUAUGUAUGUGUGAAUGUGCCUACCUUAUACCUUUAUGUGUAAGUUUUGUAAUUUGUAUCUUGAUAGAAAUAAUGAAAAUGGCCACAUAUGAAGAGCCAAGCUAACAAGAAGAGUAGAGUUCCAUGCCAGUCUGUUUACCAUGAAAGUUACGUUUCAGUCAAAGUGUUGAGGAACUGUUUUUUUGAAAGAGCAGGUUUUAAAAGAUUUAAAAGAUAUUCUUGAACAGUGAUUUGCAUACAUGUUAUAGGGAUGGAGAUCAAUGGCAGUAAUUUAAGUGUUUUAUUUAGAUUUUUAUGCAAUGAUAUGCAUAUAUUUUUUCUUUCUUUCUUUCUUUUGUUGACUUUCUUUGUUAUCAUGUAUAAUCUGUACAGAUGUUUCACUUAUUAUGUACAUUUCCUUUUUCUUUCUCAUUUAUAGAGGUCCAUUCUAUAUGAUAGUGCAUGAAUUGUAUAUAGUUGGAUUUUGAACUAUUGAUACUUGGUUGAUGUUACUCAACUGGCAUGAUGGUGUUGUACAUACAGUGAAGACAUGAGAAAUGGUGUAGAGUAUGUCUCAUGUUGAUGGUGCUGAAAAGUUUGUGUUCUUUUACUUCACAACUGUUUUGCAUUUCUUAAUUGACAAACUGAGAGAUUUUUUUUUCACGUGGAAAAGAAUGAAGGUAAUAAUAAUAAUAAUAAUAGAAAUCAUAAUGUGGAUAAUAAUGCUUAUAAAAAGGAGAGGGGAAAAGUGGAACAAAAGAGUGAAUUAUAAUGAUUAUAUUUUAUACAUAUAUCUGAGAUAGGUGCUGUCAAAUUGUUUGUUAUAUUUAUAUGAAAUCUGUAAUGGUAUUUGAAAUAUUAUUUUGAAAUUUAUAUUUUUCUGGUUGUCAAUGUGAUUGCCCUGUUUUAGUGUAUGCAAAUGAAUGAGAGUAAGUGUGUAAGUAACAGUGAGAGUGAGAGUGAGAGUGAGAGUGAGAGUGAGAGUGAGAGUGAGAGUGAGAGUGAGAGUGAGAGUGAGAGUGAGAGUGAGAGUGAGAGUGAGAGAGAGAGAGAGAGAGAGAGAGAGAGAGAGAGAGAGAGAGAGAGAGAGAGAGAGAGAGAGAGAGAGAGAGAGAGAGAGAGA